UACACUUGAGAUGUGCGCGAAGAGAUGAAACAGGCUACGGCGUAAUACGACAAGUAAUCGUCGACAAGAUAAACACCCUGGAUUUCAUAUCAGUUUUCUGCGCAAGUAGAACGCCUGAAUGGUGUGAAAACUGCAGGGAUGAUGUCUAGACGAGGGAGGUCUCAUAGUACUAGACGAGGGUCAUGCACUGGUCAGUGCGAGGUACCCCAGGAGCAAGGGAUACAUGUUUAUCUCUUCUGGACGAAAGAUGGAGAUAGGUACCUCUCCCACAAAGAGGGUGAGGUCAGUGCUGAGGAUCUGUUGAUCAGAGCAGCUCAGGCCGUUGGGAUCACCCCUCUGUGCUUCUCUCUGUUCGCUCUGUACGAUCCCACAACACUUUGCUGGUAUAGCCCCAACCACAGUUUCAACCCCGGGAACGGAAAAUGCCUGAUACUUCACUUUCGUAUGAGGUUUUACUUCCGUAACUGGCAUGGACUGAAUAACAAAGAGCCAGCAGUGUUCCGCUAUGCCUUGCGGACAGGGACGGAACAGGGAAGCUGCCCGCUGCUGGAGCUGACUUCUCUGGAAUACCUAUUCGCUCAGGCAAAGUGUGAUUUCGUGAACGAUAUCGCACCACUGGAGGAGGCGAAAGGAGAGGAAGAGCUCAGUCGCUAUAAGAACGAAAGCUUGGGCAUGGCUGUGCUUCACCUGUCACAUUUAGCACUACAAAAAGGCUGUACCUUACAGGAAGUGGCUGUGCAGACCAGUUUUCUGCGCUGCAUCCCGCGGUCUUUCUCUCGUCACAUUGCACGGGACAACUUCUUGACAAAGUUUCGCAUUCGGCACGUGUUUGCAGCCUUCAUGCGCAGUUUCCAGCAGCACACGGUUGGUCUAGGGAGACUGGGCUCUCAGGAGGUCAUGUACAAGUACCUGUCUACGCUGGAGCAUCUUACGGACCGCUUUGGCACCGAGACCUUUAAAGUGGGCCACCUGGACCUGAGACGUGAUGGAAGCGGCUCUUAUCUGAAUAACCACUCGCAGGAGGAAAACAGGAAUAUUCAGGCUUUGCAUGAGAUUAUGGUGUCUGGAACAACAGGCAUACAGUGGAGAAAGGUUUCAGCUCAGAGGGCUCAGGAGAAUAACUACCAGGGCAAUGAUUACAUUGGAUCUGAAAGGAAGGGGGGCCAGCAGCCCCCCCAGCAGGAGGUGGGAACCCCAGACAAAUGGAGCUCUUUCUGCGACUUCCCUGAAAUCUCUCACAUUGCUAUCAACGGACAAAAUGUUUGCAUCAGUCGCCAAGACAAUGUAGCAAUGGACAUUCAUUUGCUCUCCAGUCGGGAGGCCCGUUCCCUGGUCUCUCUGCUGGAUGGAUACUUCCGUUUAACUGCUGAUGCUCACCACUAUCUGUGUCAUGAGGUGGCCCCGCCCAGGGUAGUUCUGAGUGCUGCUAAUGGACUCCACGGCCCCAUUCAUGAUGAUUUUGUACUGCAAAGACUGAGGAAAGAGGCGGCAGAUGAAGGAGCAUAUUUAGUGCGAUGGAGUGUUCUGGAUUACCAUCGGAUUAUACUGGCAGUUCUGAACAAAACUCAGAAUGGGCAGUGUCCGACGCAUAAGCAGUUCAGGAUCCUGCAAAAGGGAUCCUCUUAUGUACUGGAGGGCUGGGAUCGGGAAUUUUCCAGUGUGAAGGAACUCACGGAUAGUUUGAGGACAUUUGUGUUGAAGUCUGGCCAAGACAGUUUCACAGUGAAGAAGUGUUGCCUGCCCCGUCCAGGAGAGCUGUCCAACCUUCUGGUGAUUAGGCAAGGAGCAAACAGCACUGUUAAGCCUGUCGCUGAAACCCUCAAUCUUAGUCAGCUGAGGUUCCAUCAAAUCAAAGACAAGGAGAUAGUACAGGAACAGCACUUGGGCCGUGGCACCAGGACUAACAUCUACUCGGGCCGAUUGAUGAUCCGCGGAGGUUAUGAGGAUGACGAAGAUGAAUGGAACAACAACCACACCAACAGUAAAGGCAUCAAGGUGGUCCUCAAAAUCUUGGACCAGAGCCACAAGGACAUAGCACUGGCGUUUUUUGAGACUGCCAGUCUCAUGAGUCAAGUGUCGCAUAAUCACCUGGUCUUUGUUCAUGGCGUUUCAGUGAAGGGAUCUGAGAACAUCAUGGUGGAAGAGUUUGUGGAAUUUGGGCCCUUAGAUGUCUUUUUGCACCGAGAAAAGAGCAAAGUUACUCCUCAGUGGAAAUUUACUGUCGCUAAACAGUUGGCCAGUGCUCUCUGCUACCUUGAGACCAAGCGACUGGUUCACGGAAAUGUUUGUGCAAAGAACAUUCUGGUGGUUCGAAGAGGCCUAGAGGAAGGAACUUCUCCUUUUGUGAAGCUGAGUGACCCAGGCAUUUCUCUCACAGCUCUGUCACGAGAGGAACGAGUUGAGCGCAUCCCUUGGAUUGCUCCAGAGUGUGUGCAGUGCGGCGCUCGUAUUGGCAGUGCAGCUGAUCAGUGGAGCUUUGGUGCCACACUGUUAGAAAUCUGCAAUGACGGAGAUCUGCCCAUGAGUGGCAACACCUUGACAGAGAAAGAGCGCUUCUAUGAGACCCAAAGUCGAUUGGCAGAGCCCUCAUCUCAAGAGCUGGCCAGCUUUAUCAGCAUGUGUCUGACCUAUGACCCCGCUGCGAGGCCGUCCUUCCGGACCAUUCUGAGAGAGCUGACGGAGCUACAGCUUAAGAACCCAGACAUUUCCUCCAAGUGCGACUCCCUUCCAGACAGAGAUCCAAGCAUCUUCCUCAAACGCUACCUGAAGAAGAUCCGAGAUCUGGGAGAGGGUCAUUUCGGGAAAGUGAUGCUGUAUGUGUAUGACCCGGCCAAUGACGGGACAGGAGAGUACGUGGCGGUGAAGGCCCUAAAGCAGGAGGGUGGAAGUCAUCUCCAGGACUCUUGGUUGAAGGAGAUUGAAAUCCUCAAAUCCCUUUACCACAGCAACAUCGUCAAGUACAAAGGUUGCUGCACUGAACUCGGUGGUCAGGUGGUUCAGCUUAUCAUGGAGUACCUUCCACUGGGCAGCCUCAGAGAGUAUCUGCCCAAACACCGGCUUGGAGUGGCACAGAGUCUUCUCUUUGCUCAACAGAUCUGUCAGGGAAUGGAUUACCUGCACUCAAAAAGAUACAUUCAUCGGGAUUUGGCCGCACGAAACGUCUUAGUGGAAAAUGACAGCGUCGUUAAGAUCGGAGACUUCGGUCUGACAAAGUACAUCCCUGAAGGGGAAAUCUACUAUCGUGUACGGGAGGAUGGGGACAGCCCUGUGUUCUGGUACGCGAUUGAGUGCCUGAAGGAGAGCAAGUUUUCCUUCUCUUCCGACGUGUGGUCUUUUGGUGUAACUCUGUAUGAGAUUUUGACCCACUGUGACCACCGACACAGCCCGCCCUCCAAAUUUUUUGAGCUGAUGGGUAUGGUACAAGGUCAGAUGACGGUGAUGAAACUCAUUACUCUGUUGGAGAGGAAUAAGAGAUUGCCGUGCCCACGCGACUGCCCCCGUGAGGUCUAUAUGCUAAUGGAAAAGUGCUGGGACUUCAACCCUGCACAGCGCCCGUCUUUCAAAGCCCUCGUUGAAUCUAUUGAAAACAUCCGACGGAUCUUCGAGCAACAACCCACUCUACGGCUAGCUCAGAUCAACCACUGCUGAUGGUUUUGUUGCCCCCCCUCCCCUCCCCUCCCCUCCCCAAAGAACUCAGAGCUGCAUACACAGCUUAGUACGCUACAUUAUCUUUGGUGACAUCACUGUCUCAUCAAUGCCACUGUGACCUUCUCUACUGAAGAACUCUGCUCAAGGCACAAUUGCUUUUAAGUGUUACAAGCAACAAGUGUUUGAAGUGUCAGCCCCUUGAGUGGAGCUGUAUGCAAAAAGCCACUUUGUAAAUAUUAUAAACUGAAUGUUGCCCUUACCUUAUAACCAUGAAAAAAAUUACUUAAAGGUCUUAUUUGA